AUGAGUUGCCUUGCAGUGCACUGGGGUCUUCUCCUUUGCGCGUGGCUGAGUGGGUCUCUUCUUGUGGAUUUUAUUUGGUCUUCUUGUCCUCUGCGUUUCAUAGAAUCCGCUGUUUUAUUAAGAAUUGAUUUUUUGUUUUUGUUUUUGCGAUUGGUCAAUACAACACUCUUCACUUUUUUUUUUUUCUGCCGGCCCAUCACAAAAGGGAGCGGAGUGGGCACUGACACACACACACAUAUCUAUAUGCAUAUAUAUAUCUACAUGCCCACAAAUAUGGUGAGGAAACGCAGCCGGGCGUGGCAGAAUUCACCCAACGAGAAGCGCAAAAGGGGAACUUGCAUCAAAAGUGGACUGGGAGAACUGGGCGAUUUGGACGCUGUUGCGCCUACAGGCACCUCUGGAAGGAUCCGUGCCGACGUUUCAAACACGAAGGCGGUGGGUGCUGCGUCGGCGGAAGGGGAGUUUGCCUUUUCUACUGCACCCUUUUUGUCCCUUUCCCGCUCAGCGCCGAGUGCGUUUGGACACGGGUGGGAUGAGUGGAAGCGUGUGAAACGAAUGCUAUUUGAUCCUCAGGACGGGACAGGCCUGACAGAAGCUAGGCGCGAGGCAUUGAACCGCAUCCAACUUGUGUGGAAGGCACGUGAGCGUAAAAACCGGCAGCUUCCGGCGUAUGCGGAGGCCACAGCGCUUCUGAUGGAGGCUUUUUCACUUGACGAAGGAGAUCAGCUUUCGUCUUUGGGUGCCGUUUCUUUUUAUGGUGCGGCGAUAUCACGUGCGGUGCAUCUCAUGACAGGCAGUUUUGCUCGUGGGGCGGCGGACACUUACAGGAAGCGGGCUCGACUGAUUGGCUUUCCCGAGGAGGCGGUGGAGGUGCGGCAACGUGUGGCGCACGGUGCCCUGCCACUUCUGUCUGAGCUUCGCUGGGUGUGUGGGCUUGUGCUGCAGUUUUUGUUUCACCACUACUGGGUGGAGCAGGAGCGUCAUGUGCACCUCAUGGAGGAAGAAACAGAGGGUGAGGAGGACAACGCGACGUCUGGACAUGGGGUUCAACAGAGUGCUCCAAGUACCACAGUCGAGGAGAUGCGGCAACUACUUGAGGAUCUUAGCGACGUUGGUGAAGAUGUCACCGAUUACUCUAAUGACCGUGUUGAAUUCCUGCAGGAUGGCUGGAAAUUGUGCUGA